CCGGUGAUACAGUCUUGCGCUGAUUUAUACUUUAGACAUCUUGAAAUCCUUGAAUUCCAUAUGUUAAAAAACAUUUCUGACGCUUUCUGUUAAAGAAAAGUCCUAGCUGUCUAAUUAUCAUACAAGUAAUUGUGAGACUUUCGCUGAUGUGAACUGUUGGAGUGCAUGAAAGUGUGGUGCGUUCAAUAGCCAGAGUUUUUGGUGCAAGGCUGGUAUUGUUUACAGAGUUUAGUGGAUAAGACUGAAAAGUAGAAAUAAACUAGAAUUCCAAUUACCAUGAGCUCAUUUUUUAAUACUUUCAUCCUCAUCAUAGCCAUCUCUCUAGGCCUCGCAGGGUAUUUUGUUUUACGAGAUGGUGAGCUUCCACAAAUUUCAGAUCAAUACUGGGGUUCUGGAUCGGCUCCCACGUCAGAAGACAAAUCAAUCCGUCCGUUCCAAAUCAAUAUCUCAGAGAAAGUUUUGACUGAUCUGCGAACAAGACUUUCUCUGGAAGUUGCGAGUCAAGAUGAAAGGGUCGCAGACAAUUUGGAAGGUGUUGGAUUCGAAUAUGGGAUGAAUAAGAAGUUUCUCAAGAAAGUCGUGACGCAUUGGUUGAAUCAAUACGACUGGAAACAGAGAGAGAAAAUGCUGAAUAAAUAUCCAAGCUUCAAAACGAAAAUAUCGGGAAUUGAUAUUCAUUUCCAGCAUGUGAAACCGAGUACGAAGGGAAAGCGAGGAAAUCUGCCGUUAUUGCUCAUCCAUGGGUGGCCAGCGUCAUUUACGGAAUAUCAGAAGCUGAUUCCUCUACUUGUUGAUGCCAAGGACUCUGAGUACAACUUUGAGCUCGUUAUAGUGUCCCUUCCUGGGUCAGGUUUUUCUGAAGCUUCAAGAAAGCCAGGUCUUGGGCCAGCUGAGAUGUCACCAAUUUUUCUCACCCUAAUGAAGCGGUUGGGCCAUGAAAAGUUUUAUGUCCAAGGAGGAGAUUGGGGAUCGUUAAUUGCUUCUAACAUGGGGACAUUAUACAGAGACAAUGUGCUGGGUAUCCACAUGACCAUGUGCUUCUCAAACCACCCGAGAUCAAUUCUAAAGUUUGGCCUUGCUUCCGUUGUGCCACAGCUUUUCAUGGAUGACGAUGAAAUUAUUCAGCAUGUUCCACUCUACAGAUUCUUGUUUCACUUACUUCGGGAGACGGGCUACUUUCAUCUCCAAGCUACAAAGCCAGACACAAUUGGGGUGGCACUAUCUCACUCUCCCAGCGGAUAUGCUGCAUACUUUCUUGAGAAAUACUCAUUUUGGACAAACGCUACCUGGCUGCAUUUGGAUGAUGGAGGAAUAAGCUCGCGUUUCAAUUUGGAUGAGCUUUUGGAUAGCUUGAUGGUCCAUUGGGUUGGACAGUCAAUUACGACUGGGAUGCGAAUUUACAGAGAAAUAUUUAAUGUGCUGACCUCCAAUCAAUUUGCACUUGACAGGGUUCCCGUCCAUGUUCCAGCCAGUUGUUUGAAUUUUCCUAACGAAUUGCUUGCCAUGCCAAAAUUUCCUUUACUCGAAAAAUAUCCACAUUUGAGAUAUUCGAAAGCGCCCACAGGAGGUCAUUUUAAUGCCUUAGAAGUUCCAGACAUUGUCGCCAAAGAUAUCAGAACCUCCUUUAGUUUGGUGGAAAUCGAAAGAACUAAACUACGAGAACCCAAAAAAUGAUUAACAUAUACAAAUCCGUACAGUAUUGUGAUUCCUGCAUGUGUAGUAGUAUUAUUGACGGAAGUUUUUAAAUAGUUGUGCAUGAAGAAGUGUUCAAAAUGAGGGACGUAUACAUAUGUAUUUAUAACAAAAAAUAGUUUUUCAAUCUACUAAAUAAAAAUUGCACACAAUUGUCUAAA